AUGGUUGCUAAAAGAAUGCAUUCAAAAUUAUCGAUAAUCAAAUCUCUCUCCGAGGAUCCAUUAAUGUCCACAUCUGUCACCAGUAUUGUCGAUGGUAUGAUAGUUACAACUAAAGAUGCGGAUAUUGAUGAUCUUCAAGGUUUUCCAUCAUCAGUAAUUGUGGAAGGUCAUUCGGAGGUAACACUGAAAAAUCAUCAACAUAUAGCAGGAACAUCAACAAUACUCCAUUGUCCGGUAAGUGAACUGAUUUCGAAAAUAGUGUCAUUUAUGGGAUGA